AUGGAAAAUAGCCAAAACAUAAAUCAUUCGCCACCAAGAUUCGAUAUUGACGGCUAUCCUGUGAGAACAAAAUUAAUGACUUUCAAUGAAAAUUGUAAGGAUCCAUGAAAAAGAUCAACUAGCGAAGAUAAGCUCACGAAGCUGCCUUUUGAUAAUCAAUCAAGCGAAAAUAAAUCUAACUGUUUUAAUAGCGAAUCUAAGGAAAAGACAUCUGAAACAAACGAAAUAAUUAAAGACAAAAGCCAUAGCAUUGAAACGAAAAAUAACGAGAAAACAAUAAAGCGCCGCACAAAUUCCAUCUCAGAUGCGAGGAAUAAUUUAAGAAACUGCAUUGAUUCAAUUACUUCAAAACCAAAAUGCGAAGAAUCUCCUACAAAACAAAGUAAUGAUAAUAAAGUCAUGACCCAAAGAAAGCUAUUUGAGAAGCGAAAAAGUGAAUCAAGAGCUAUUUAUGCGAAUUAUGUUGAAAGUUAUCUCAAUUCUUAUCAGUCUCGAAUUGAAUUUAAUGCCAAUGAUAGGCACAAGAGUAGCAAUAAUCCUUUCUUUAGAACUCAAAGAGAAAAAAAAGAAGCUGUGAGAAACUUACAUAGAAAUAGAUCUAAUCUUGCUCCUAAUUCUGAUAUUAUAAAAACUAGCUCAGAAAUUUCUUUAGCUUAUAACGAAAAGCCCGUUGUAUCCACUCAAAAAGAACUGCUUGCUAACUCUUACUCUAUGAGCAAAUAAAAUCAUUUUGGGAAAAAAAAACCCUAAGGAGCAAAAAAUUUUUUAUAAAUAUAUUUUUAUAUAAGCGAUAAUUAUUAUAUUGAGACCUCUAUCUAACUCAAUAAAUUUAAGAGGCUGUAUUCUAAUAUAUAAGUUUUUAUAUUUGCUAUAAAAUUAUUUCAAAUUUAAAUUCAAAAAAAAAUAAAGCCCCUUUCUUGUGCCAGCAAAAUGUAUCCUCUGCUAACUCCCCCCCCUCCGUGAACAAAACCAUUAGAAAAAUCCCUAUUUUUUGCCCAAAAACCCACCCUCCGUGAGUGAACAAAAAUAUUUUAAUAGAAAAUUUUUUUUAUGGAAAAAAAUUUUGAUAUAUAAGUGAUAAUUAGUAUAAUGAAAUCUAGAGCUAAUUCUGUUUAAUUUUAAACAAAUUGCUUUUUAAAACAUAAAUUUUACAAAUUAAAUUAAUAUUUGAUUUCCAAUUUUUGCGAAUUAGGAUUUUUUUAAAUUUCAAAAAAAAAAUAUUUUCUAUAAAAUUCAUAUAUAAAUUUUUAAAAAAAAAAAAUUACCCCCCUCCGUGAGUGAACAAAAUUUUUUUGUUCACUCACGGAGGGGGGGGGGAGUAAGUAAGCGACAAUCAGAUAAACUGAAAGAAUUGGAAAUUUAUAAGAAUUAUAAGUAUGUUGACCCUGAAGAAAAAAUUGCACAGAGAGAGCUCCAAAAUGUUCAAGUCUCUAAAGAAGAUUCAAAAACCCAUGAAAAAGUGAAAGUUGAGAGACAGAUCGAAGAUAUCGAAUAUAAUAUGAAAACAUUCGGAAACUCCAAGCUGGGAAUUCAUGGUAAAGAGCUUCCACAAUUUUUAAAAAAUAAAAAAGAAUAUUGAACAGAAAGAGAUGGGUAUAAAAAUUGCCCAGAAAGUUCCUCAAGGCUCUUAAUGCUUUUGAAAAGGAGCAGCAUAGAUGUAAGAGAUACAUUAAAGGCAAACGAUACAAUUACAGAAAAUAAUAACAAUGAACGUAAAAUUAUUUUGCAAAGAAGCAGCUCAGUCCCCAAAGUGACUACGCAUAUUAAAAGCAUCAAAUUAUUUGAUAGAGGAGCAAGCGAAAACACAAGGCAUCAUGUCAAUUAUCGAAUGAGCACUAUUAAAGGCUAUUUUGAUAAAUCAAUUAAAGAGGCUGAGAUGCAGAAAAAAAUAAUUUUAUCAGGGAGGAAAGAAAAGAUUUCACAUGCCGGAAAAGUAAAAUCAAGGAAGCCUGAAGUUGGGCUAAAUACUCAGAUUAUUUAUCAAAAUAAUGACUCUGGAUCUGAAAUGGCUUCUAAUCAUAGGCUUCUUUUGAGAUCUAAUUCGGUCAUUAGAACUGUAGGAUUCAUCGAAAAGUCGCAAUAG